UUUUCAAUGUCUAAGCAAAUAGAUAUGACCCUGCUAUUGGAUAAUUACUGCAUGGGCAAUAAUCUUUCAGCUGGCAACAAGUUAUUCAACACAAAAUGCUGCAAUGAGUAGCUUCUCGUUUCUUAAAAAACAUGUUGAAAGACACGUCCUGGGGUCAUUAAAAAGAUGUUAGUCUAUUAAAGAAGGCUCAAAUUACUGUCAUCAGGCAAAGAAAAUAUCUGAGUAGCGUCAGAAAACUAUUAAACAUGGAUAAAGAAUUGUCUAAAGAAUUAUUAAAAACUGGAAGGGUUGUAAGGGACAUCAUCUUCCAUGAAAACACGAUCAGAAAACAAUCCUGAAUGAUUGUUAUAAAUUAGACAGAAAAAAAAUUCAAUAUAUAAACAACUUAACUCCUAAAAAUGUAAUUGUAAACAUAGUUUAAGCAGGAUGGGAACCAGUCAAAUCACAGCUAAUGUCACUUCAUACAUAUAGUGGAUAACUUUGAGUUCUUAUGAAGACAUUUGUUUAAUUUGACCAAAAUAAAAAUGAUUUACAGUAUCCUUUAAAAACACAACUUCAUGAACAAUGCUCAGUCAUGAGGCUACUUUACAUUAGCAAGUAAGCAGUGUUUAAACAUUUUUAAAAGCAGUGCACAAUUUACAAUAUGAUGCAUUAUAUGCAUGAAAAAAAAACAUUUUCAACAAAAACUUUGUGUAAACUCAAUGGAUCUGUCACAAUGACACUGUGCUCAGUGACCAAAACAAUUUGCAUUCACUACAGUUUCCCACAUUCUUGUGUGAAAGUACAAUUUACUCAUGCAUGCAAUAUUAAGGGUGUUGGCCACUGAAAAGUUGAGUCCAAUGUUGCAUGUGCACUCACUGCUCCUGCGAUUCUAGAAAGGAAAUUUGAAACAAACCCACUUUAGCAUUAGCCUAACCACAAGCACACCAGCAUAUCUGACAGUGAGACACCUGAGGGUUUCCAAAAGAACACAAAACAGAAACACACCCAUAUUUAUGUCCAAAAAGACUCAAAGACACAGACAGACAGACAGACAGACAGAUAGAUAGAUAGAUAGAUAGAUAGAUAGAUAGAUAGAUAGAUAGAUAGAGAGAUAGAGAGAUAGAGAGAUAGAUAGAUAGAUGGUGGUACAAUUCUUCUCAGACUUUCAAUAGAUGCCAUUUGGCAAAACUUUGAGCCCCAUCUUGCUCCAGAUGGAGAGCUUUGACCUCAUCUGAUAGCUUCACCACCACUGACUGAGUGAGAUUGUGAAUGUGUGAAUGAGAAACAAACCCGCAGCAAUGGUUUAGUGUUUAUCCAAUAAAGAUUUACUGUGAUGUGCAGCAUGACAUGUAUGACACGGAGUGGGGAGGGAAAAAAAAAUCUUCCUUUCCAAAUGGAAUUUUACAGCUGUGAGUCAGUGACACCAGAUGUUGACACCAGCUACUUUCAUCAAAAGGAUUCGCUUUUAUGAUAUUAAGGAUCUGAUGCCAAACAUGAAACGGCCCAGAAGGAUUGAUAUAAUACUGACUCGGACAAGGCGAAAGAAGGACACCGAAUGCCUUUCAGAACAGAAAAUAAAUGAUGAGACAUAUCCUCCGGAUCAAAGUUUGCAGGUUGAUCAUAAACUUCACUUAUCUCUGGAGAAAUUGCUGAGAGAUAAAAGGUACUUGGCAGCAUUUCGCUCUUUCUUACAGUCUGAGUUCAGCGAGGAAAACAUUGAGUUCUGGCUCGCAUGUGAAGACUUUAAAUCAACAGCUUCCCCAGAUGACCUGAGCUGGAGGGCAGAGGAGAUCUAUCGGGAGUUCAUCCAGCCUACAGCCCACAGAGAGAUCAAUGUAGACCAUGAUGUCAGAGAGAAGAUCAAACGGUCUUUGGAGAGGCCGAGUCUCUCCUGCUUCGACGAAGCCCAGAAGCAUGUCUACCUGCUGAUGCAAAGAGACUCUUGCCCUAGAUUCCUGCAUUCAGACGCCUACCUGAGUCUUAAAGGCAAAUCCAGGACUGUUUGGUACUUUUAGUUUAGAGAACAAAAACUGUUGUUCCCAUUUUCUAUUUAUCUGAAUUGAGAAGGUGUUUCACACUGUAAGAGAGGUGAAGCCUGCUUCCAAUCAGUUGUCUUUUCAGGAAAUAGCAUCUGUUACUUUCGGUAAACACAAACUGAAACUGUGCUUUCAACCAAGUGUAAUUUUAAACUCUCAGUGAUGGUCAAAUGAUGUAUUGAUGAAAAGCUGUUUACCAGAAUAAAGCAGGUUAGGUACCACAGGAGCAAAGCAAUGUGAGUGACACGAUGUUAAACAGUUCAGGGUUGCUUAAAAUGCUGUUUACUGUAAUUUUAAGCUAAACAAGGUGCAUUGUGUACAUUAAUAAAAUGAUAAAAUGAGAGAAAAUGGUUUUUGAUUUUGUGGGAUGUCACUAUCUAGUUACAUAAAUAGGCAAUAUGUUAUUAUUUACAAAAAUGGGACUUCUUUGCCAACAUUGCAUUAAUUCCAGCUAGUGUUUGUGGUCAUUCCUACUCAUCGUCUAUGACAUAUUAUCAGAAAUUAUAUUUGUCAGACUGACUGACUAACUGCAGACAUGCUGAUGGGCAUGAGUCAAAAGAAAGAGAUUGAGAGUUUCCAUAGCUCACCCAGCAAUGAGAUUCUGUUUAAGAUCACAUGGCUGAUAUAUCCUCUAAUUAGGUACUGGGAUGACUCUGUACACCAGCAACAGGGUUUGACGAACUGGAAAAAAGAAACCCCUCUUUGAACCUUGAUCCCACUCUGUUCUUUAAAUGUCCUUAUUCCUAAAAAUGCUGCCUAAAAAAGGAGUUCUGAGACAGCUAAUAAUAACUCAGGGGCUUAAACAACAACAGUGGAGUCAUCGGACAACCUGAAGCGUAACAGCCUGAAUGUGCUUCCUUGUUAGGGGAAUAAUCUCAUCACCCUCAGACAAUGAUGGGACAGAUACACAAGUUUUUUUUACCAAGAAAAAAAGAGUAGCACUUUAAGAAAAGAUAGUUUUUUUGUUUAAGUAUAAGAUUUUCCUACCACCUUUUUA